AGGGAAGGAGAGGAGAAAGUAGAAGGCUCUAGGAGAGACACUUCCUGGGAGUCAGUCCCCAGGGUCAGUCCUGCCUCAAUUUUGGCUUUGGCCAGGCACCCUGCUCCACAGCUUCAUGUUAGUAUGACUAACAUGACUGACUACAUUCUCAACAUUUGCAAUUAAUUCACUUAUCAAAAUGAAGACUUGAUAAAGCUAGGUGGAGCCUCUAAACCUGCCUGUAUGUUUGGAAUGUUUUAUAAUAAAAUUUUUUACAAAGGAAGAUUUAAUGGAAAUCAUAAACAUGGUCGCUAAAAGAGAAAAUGGUAGAAGUUCUGAAAGGAAAGUUAGUGACAGUGCCCAGAACAUGGAGCAAAGAGGAGUGAUGGAUAAACAGGAAAGUCGAGAGCAGUGGAGGGUCAGUGCCGGAGAGCCACCCUCUGACUGGGAAGUGUUCCAGAAGAGUAUAAAGAGAAAAGGGAGAGGAGGAAAUGCAUAAGACAAGAAAAAUUCCCAGGACUAAAGCGAGAAACUGGGUUCAAACAGAAGAGUGGCAAGUAAGGGAAAUGAGAGAGACUCACUCGGUGCAAUGUCAGUGCCAAAGAGAUGAAGAAAAGCACUUCUCCCCACUCCAGGUAAUGGAACCAGGCCUCCAAGCUUUGGAGGGAAUGUGAUUUUGAACCACUAAUUCUGGGUCUAGAAACUGUCAUCUAGUUUCUUGUGAAGGUGGAAAAAUAGAUUUCAAACAUACAAGGAUUCAAAACACUUAACCUACCAAGCAUCCUUUCUGAAAAAGGUACUUAAGGAUAUACUUCAGCAAAACGCAAGUGGAAUUCAACAAAGAGGAGGACAUGGGUUUCCUACAGUGUGAAGGAGAACAGUUUGAAGAUAUCCUGGGAGGACAGCCCUGCCACAGCCCAGAGAGCAGACACUGUUCACAAUCAACUAUUUAAUAAAAAGAACAGGAGCAAGACGCUGGAUGAUCCUGGUUACAUGUGUACCACUGGGUGGAGAUGCGGACCAAGAUGCGCAUCAUGGGCUUACGGGGUGAAGCCAUCAAACCGCUGAACGAGGAGGCAGCCGCCGAGCUGGGCGCCGAACUGCUGGGCGAGGCCACCAUCUUCCUUGUGGCCGGCGGCUGCCUGGUGCUCGAGUUCUGGCGCCACCAGAGGCACCAGCGCCACAAGCAGCUGGAGCAGAGCGCCGCCUGGGACACACUGCAAGACGAGGUGGACCGCCUGUCGCUGAUGCUGGAGACUCUGCAGGCUCGGGUGCGGGCGGUGCCGUCGCAGAGCGCCCUGGAGGAGCUGCGAGCGCAGCUGCAGGAGAUGCGCACCCAGCUUGGCGCCCGGGACGCGCCGCCCGUGCCCUCUGCACUGCCCCUGGUACCACCCACACCCAUGGCGCCGCCCGUGGCACCGCCCGCAUGCCCACCCACACCCCUGGCGCCGCCCGCGGCGCCGCCCGCAUGCCCGGUCACGCCCCUGGCACCGCCCGCGGCGCCGCCCACAUGCCCGGUCACGCCCCUGGCACCGCCCGCGGCGCCGCCCACAUGCCCGGCCACGCCCCUGGCACCGCCCGUGUACUAG